ACAGUAGACUACCUCUGACUGGUCUCCGUCCUCUGCAGUUGCACCAGCUGUGCAGCUUGUUGCAUCAGAGGUGUUGGACCGACCCUCUACAGUGGUCCUCUGCUGAAGCCUGUGCAUCACUGCGAGCAGCAGAGGAGAGGAAUCCUCCCACCAGCUCGGCACGACUGUCAGUACAGUGAAAUGGAGAGCUGUUGCUACGGCAACCGUUUACAUGAAAGGGAUGCACCCCCCGAUUCCCCUUUUAUGGCUAAGUGGCAUAGAUUCAUAUUGACAGUUUCCAGGUGGCGUAGUUCCCUGUCCAGCCCCUCCCCCGGCCCUCCUCUGAGUCGAGUGGCCGGAGUGUCGCCUAUCAGUCUUUCCCCUUCAGCCAAACCCUGCGCCACAACCCAGUCGUCUGAAAGACAUGCCCCAUCCCUAUCCUCCCCGCUCCACCCGGUCCUCCAUCGGACGCUGAGUCCAGUAGGGAAGGAGCUCUCCCCUGUAGCUGAGAGGACUCCCACGUUCUUCCCUCACAGCCGUAGCCGCAGCCUCCAGUGCUCCGCCCUCAGUCCCCAGUCAUCCAUGGAUAGCGACCUCGGUGCUUCAGAGGUGGAGGACGACUCCAUCACUCUGGGAUACAAACUGCAAGACCUCACGGACGUCCAGGUCAUGGCCCGACUGCAGGAGGAGAGUAAGUGA